AUGCCCAAUACAGUCGAAGUUGAAAGAGCUCUUCGAGUACUUGAUGGUGCAGUUCUAGUAUUAUGUGCUGUCGGUGGAGUCCAAUGUCAAACAAUCACAGUGACUAGGCAAAUGGAUCGUGCAGAUCAUGUUCGAGUUCUUAAUCAAAUAAGGUCAAAGCUUAACUUCAAUUCAGCUUUUAUUAAUAUACCCAUAUGUCAAGAGCCAAAAAGUACAGGAAUAAUUGACUUGAUUAGUGAGACAGUUGUUUAUUUUGAUGAACCGUUUGGUUUAACUGUAAGACAGGAUGCUAUCCCAUCUUCCAUGUUAGCCGAAACUAAAGAACGUCGUGCUGAAUUUAUCGAAUGUUUAGCUAAUGCUGAUGACGAGAUUGGAGAAGCAUUUUUAAGUGAAAAGCCAUUAACUCAAGCUGAAUUAAAAGCUGGUUUACAUAGAGCUACACUUGCAAGACGAUUUGUUCCAGUUUUAGUUGGUUCAGCAUUACGUAACCGUGGUGUACAGCUUUUACUCGAUGCCAUUUUGGAUUAUUUGCCUAAUCCUGGAGAAGUAAUCUAUCAUGCUUUGAAUGAAAGUUCUGGUGAAACUAGAAAGGUCCCACUGAAACCUGAACGAAGCAGUGAUAAUCCAUUCCUGGGACUGGCUUUCAAACUGGAAGCUAGUAAAUUUGGUCAGUUAACUUAUAUGCGUAUCUAUCAAGGUUGUUUACGUCGUGGUGAUUCAGUGAGAAAUUCUCGUACAGGUCGUCGUAUUCGAGUGUCUCGACUUGGUCGAUUAAAUGUUACAGAAUUAGAAGAUUUAGAAGCUGUUUAUGCAGGAGAUAUUGCUGCAUUUUUCGGUGUUGAUUGUGCAUCUGGUGAUACAAUGGUUGAUGUAAAUAUGAAAGAACCAUUAGCUAUGGAAUCAAUGUUCAUCCCAGAACCAGUUGUAUCAAUGUCAAUUAAACCGACUAAUAAAUCAACUAUUGAGUCAUUUAGUAAGGGUUUAGCACGAUUUACACGUGAAGACCCAACGUUUAUUCUUUCACAAGAUUCUGAUACUGGUGAAUCAAUAGUGUCUGGUAUGGGGGAAUUACACUUGGAAAUUUAUGCUCAACGUUUAGCACGAGAGUAUAAUGCACCAUGUACAUUAGGUAAACCUCGUGUUGCAUUUCGUGAAACAUUAAGUGAACCAUUCGAAUUUGAUUAUCUUCAUAAACGACAAUCUGGUGGUGCUGGUCAAUAUGGUCGAGUAAUUGGUAUACUUGAACCUUUACCUCCUAAUUCUUAUACAAAAUUGAUUUUUUCCGAUGAAACAGUUGGUACAAAUGUACCUAAAAAUUAUGUUCCAGCUAUUGAAACUGGUUUUCGUAAUUCUUGUCAAGUUGGUCAGUUAGCUGGACAAAAAAUUACUGGUUUACGAUUUCGUUUACAAGAUGGAGAUAAUCAUUGUGUAGAUAGUAGUGAUUGGGCUUUUCAACAAGCAGCUGAAGGUGCUAUGAAACAAGCUAUGGAUGAAGGUUCCUGGUUAUUAUUAGAGCCAAUUAUGUAUGUGGAAGUAUCUGCGCCAGCAGAAUUUCAAGGUGUAUUAAUUGCCACUGUAACACGACGUAAUGGUCUUAUUGUCAGUACGGAAGUUAGUGAAUCUUAUGCUAUGGUUAAUGCAGAAGUACCAUUAAAUGAUAUGUUUGGCUUUUCCGGUGAAUUACGCAGUAUUACUGAGGGUAAAGGUGAAUUUACAAUGGAGUAUCUAAGGUAUUGUCCAACUCGACAAGCAACUAGCGAUGCAUUAAUUGAAGAAUAUGAAGCAGCUGAAGAGGCGAAAUUGAUUGCUAGCGGUAAAGGUGGAGCAAUUACUAGAAGAAAGAAGAACAUUACGUACCGUGGUGUACAGCUUUUACUCGAUGCCAUUUUGGAUUAUUUGCCUAAUCCUGGAGAAGUAAUCUAUCAUGCUUUGAAUGAAAGUUCUGGUGAAACUAGAAAGGUCCCACUGAAACCUGAACGAAGCAGUGAUAAUCCAUUCCUGGGACUGGCUUUCAAACUGGAAGCUAGUAAAUUUGGUCAGUUAACUUAUAUGCGUAUCUAUCAAGGUUGUUUACGUCGUGGUGAUUCAGUGAGAAAUUCUCGUACAGGUCGUCGUAUUCGAGUGUCUCGACUUGGUCGAUUAAAUGUUACAGAAUUAGAAGAUUUAGAAGCUGUUUAUGCAGGAGAUAUUGCUGCAUUUUUCGGUGUUGAUUGUGCAUCUGGUGAUACAAUGGUUGAUGUAAAUAUGAAAGAACCAUUAGCUAUGGAAUCAAUGUUCAUCCCAGAACCAGUUGUAUCAAUGUCAAUUAAACCGACUAAUAAAUCAACUAUUGAGUCAUUUAGUAAGGGUUUAGCACGAUUUACACGUGAAGACCCAACGUUUAUUCUUUCACAAGAUUCUGAUACUGGUGAAUCAAUAGUGUCUGGUAUGGGGGAAUUACACUUGGAAAUUUAUGCUCAACGUUUAGCACGAGAGUAUAAUGCACCAUGUACAUUAGGUAAACCUCGUGUUGCAUUUCGUGAAACAUUAAGUGAACCAUUCGAAUUUGAUUAUCUUCAUAAACGACAAUCUGGUGGUGCUGGUCAAUAUGGUCGAGUAAUUGGUAUACUUGAACCUUUACCUCCUAAUUCUUAUACAAAAUUGAUUUUUUCCGAUGAAACAGUUGGUACAAAUGUACCUAAAAAUUAUGUUCCAGCUAUUGAAACUGGUUUUCGUAAUUCUUGUCAAGUUGGUCAGUUAGCUGGACAAAAAAUUACUGGUUUACGAUUUCGUUUACAAGAUGGAGAUAAUCAUUGUGUAGAUAGUAGUGAUUGGGCUUUUCAACAAGCAGCUGAAGGUGCUAUGAAACAAGCUAUGGAUGAAGGUUCCUGGUUAUUAUUAGAGCCAAUUAUGUAUGUGGAAGUAUCUGCGCCAGCAGAAUUUCAAGGUGUAUUAAUUGCCACUGUAACACGACGUAAUGGUCUUAUUGUCAGUACGGAAGUUAGUGAAUCUUAUGCUAUGGUUAAUGCAGAAGUACCAUUAAAUGAUAUGUUUGGCUUUUCCGGUGAAUUACGCAGUAUUACUGAGGGUAAAGGUGAAUUUACAAUGGAGUAUCUAAGGUAUUGUCCAACUCGACAAGCAACUAGCGAUGCAUUAAUUGAAGAAUAUGAAGCAGCUGAAGAGGCGAAAUUGAUUGCUAGCGGUAAAGGUGGAGCAAUUACUAGAAGAAAGAAGAAGUAAUUGAUUAUCGACUCUUAUUGAAGGGACUAAGACAAAAUUGAUUUAAGAAGUCAAUGAAGAGGAAGGAUUAUUCUCUUUCUGAUGGUAAAUCAUUCAUACAUAUGUCUUUCUCAAUUGUAAAAAGAACAUCAUUCAUAUAUACAAUGUAUAUUUUCCG